CACCAGGUGAUAUUAAUGAGGGCAGGGGAGCCCAGUCUUAGUUGGAAGGUGAGGAGAGCACACGGCUCUCAGCAUACAUAUGCAGACAAGCUGAAUCUACAAAAACUGGACCAUGUGAGUCCAGUAAGUAUCUUCCCUGCAAUAAAUGGGAACAUCACCCAAAAAGGAUGUGGUAACUUCAAAACUAACCUGACAGAAAACAUCAUACUCAAGAUGGAGAUCACACCUCUCUACCUGCUGCUCUCCACACUGAGGGUCACCCCCGACAGAUCUCAGUUCUUUCAGUAUGACGGCUUCUUCAUCAAGUGUGAGCCGUCGACCAACUCCAGCAGAACCUGGACGGCGAAAAGGAACACCUCCUUCAGCAAAUCUGAGCCGUGUAAAGCCGGCUGGGGGAUCCUGGGUCCAUCUUCCUGCAACGCUCGGUACCCUGACUAUUCUGACACUGGAGUAUACUGGUGUGAGUCUGAGGAGAAGGAACGCAGCAAUGUCGUCAACAUCACAGUGACAGUAGGUGUUGUGAUUUUGGAGAGUCCAGCUCUUCCUGUGACAGAGGGAGAUGAAGUGACUCUUCGCUGCUCCUACAAGACAGAAGAGGAAUAUAACUCUACAUCAAAGUUUCCUGCAAGUUUCUUCAAAGACGAUGUCUUCAUCGGUAAUUAUUCAGCAGGAGAGAUGGUCCUUCCAAACGUGUCCCUGUCUGAUGAAGGCUUCUAUAAAUGUGGACACCCCUCCAAGAAGAAGUCACCACAGAGCUGGCUGGCAGUAAAAGCUCGGCCUCCACAGGCCCCUACUCCUUCUCCUACUCCUCUUAUUCCCUUCAUUUCUCUGCCCAACCUGGUGUGCACCACCCUGCUGUUCAUUCUCUACACGGUCAUACUCUUGUUGUGUAUACACCUGUACCGUCAGAGGGCUCGAGCUCGAGCUGAUGCUGAUUCUGAUCGCCUCCAACUGGAAGGAAGACAAAGAGGAACUCCUGUUGAAAACCGACCAAUGAGACUGAAGAGAGGACAGUAGUCUGAUUUUUAUUCAUCUAAGUUUUCUGUUAACUUAUCACUCUAUAAUCACCUUCAUGAAAAAAGAGUUUAAUGUUUCAACUAACAAAUAAAAGGUGAAUGUCAGACUUUCAUACAUUCAUAUUUUACUUCCAUUUCUUCCUACAGCUACUUGAAUGUGUACCUCUACUGCUGAAUGAAAACUAAAAAUAAUACAUCAAUGAAAAGG